AUGUCAAAACAAAUCAUAAUCGCUGUCCUCGUUCUUAUAAACAACACGUGCAUUUCGUUAGCAACGUUUUAGGUAAAUUUCUUUUAAUUUUCGGUGAAUUAUUUAAAGUUUAAUACAUUUCAAUCUUUAAAAAAGGCACGCAGAGUUCGGCAAAAUGAAGCUAAAAGCCACCAAGAAAAAGGCUGAUCUGGAAAGCAUGUCGUUGGACAAUUUUCUCGAUAACAUGGAUGCGGAUCUCAGCGAUGAAGAGGGCGAAUCCCGGGAAGUCGCUCCGCCAAAGAAGAAAAAGGUAAAGUUGGACAAGGAACCGAAGGCGAAAAAGGCGAAGGUAGCCGUCGAGGAAAAAGCCACCAAAAAGUCGAAAGAAGAAAAACGUAAAGCUAAGAAGAACAAAACUGUUGAGCCGGAAGAUGUGGGAUCGGAUGUGGAGAAAAACGGAGGACAAAGCGAUGUCGCCAAGGAGCAUCAGGAAGCCCUGGAUAAACUGAAGAACACAGAUCCGGAGUUGUAUGCCUUUUUGAAGAAGAAUGAUAAGAAGCUUCUGAGGUUUGGUAAAAUGUCCGGAGGCGACAAGGAAGAAGACGAUGAGGACGAAGAGGAUGACGAUGAGGAAGAGAAUUUGGAUGAUUUGAGUGACGAUGAUGAGGAGAAGGGAGAAGGAGCAGUCCAUGAGCUGCCUGAAAAGCUGGAAGUUGCCAGUGAUGAGAGCGAUUACGAAGAGGAUGAAGAUGAGGAUGAUGUUGAAGAGGAGCAGGAAACAACGCCAGGAGUUCAGAAGAAGAUUACUCUGAGGAUGCUUAAGAAAUGGACUGAUGAAUUGACCACGACACCCUUGAAGAAGGUGGAAACCAUUAGAACCGUGUGCAAAGCAUUCAAUUCAGCACUGGUUACAGUGACCGGUGAAACCAACGUUAUUCCAGCGUUCAAAGCCGAAGGAUCAGCUAUUUUCAAUGGCGUCGUGCAGCUUUGCGUGCUUCACCUCGGAAAUGCUGUUAAGAGUUAUCUCGGUUUGACGGGAUCAAAAGGAGUGAAAACCCUUAAGAAAAACAAGAAAUUUUCCAAAUUGCAAUCCUGUUUGAGGAUGUAUUUUAUCGAUUUGACCAAUUUGUUGGAAAAUGUCUCCUCAAAUCACAUUAUGAAUGUCCUGUUGAAACAUUUGCAUCAAUUCAGCUCUUUCCUGAUUUGCUUUUCGUCAAUAACGAAACCGAUCUUGAAGCGAUUGAUCGUUAUCUGGAGCACCUCUGAGGAAGAAUCGGUUCGCGUUUUGGCGUUUCUUUGUAUCCUGAAGAUAACAUGUGGCCAGCAGCGUAGAUUCCUGAGUGAUGUCCUGAAAAACAUGUAUCUGGCCUACGUAAAGAACAGCAAAUUCGUGAGCCCGAACACUCUUCCCGGAAUCAACUUCAUGAGACGAUCGCUCACAGAAAUGUUCACUUUGGAUAUGACUGUUUCAUAUCAGCAUGUGUUUCUGUACAUUCGACAGCUUGCGAUUCACUUACGUAAUGCUGUAAUCUUACAGAAAAAGGACAGUUUCCAGUACGUCUACAAUUGGCAGUAUAUCAAUUCGUUGAAACUAUGGUCGGAUGUCUUAGCAAUCGCUUACAACAAGAAGGAAUUGGAGCCUCUGAUUUAUCCACUGGUCAGCAUUAUCACUGGAGUGAUCAAAUUGAUUCCUUCGGCACAAUACUUCCCCCUUCGAUUCCACUGCUGUCGUAUGCUGCUAGACCUCUCCGCGAAGACCAGGGUUUUCAUUCCCGUUCUUCCGUUCAUUAUCGAAGUCCUAAAUUCAAACAGUUUCAACGAAGAGCACAAGAAACUUUCGAUGAAACCAGUUAACCUCACAUGCCUUCUUCGUUUCGCUCCGGCCAAUAUCCAGGAAAACGCCUACAAAGAUGCAGUGCUAGAUCAAAUCUACGAGCUUUCCUUGGAGUAUCUCGCCCAUGAAUCCGCCUCAAUUUGUUUCCCGGACAUGAUUGUUCCGGUAGUUACAGCCUUCCGAUCGUUUUGCAAGUCCACCAAAGUGUACAAAUAUUCCAGAAAAAUUAAGCUGCUCAGCGAUAAGAUUGUCGAGAACGCCGCUUUCAUUGAGAAGGAACGCAAGGUGCUUCCAUUCCGGUUGAAGGACAUUGCCGAAAUUCAAAGCUGGGAGGCUACCCGCAAAGCCAAGGGUACCCCGUUGCUGACCUUCUACGAAAGCUUUGCCAAGGAGAACGAAAAGAUCAAACGGCGACAGGCUACGCAGUCUGAGAACAUCAGCGACUACAAUUUGCCGACCAUUAAGAAACUGGACAAGAAGCAGAAAGCACCCACAGAUGGACCGGUGGAUCUUUUCCCUUCGGAAGACGAGGAAGAUGAUUCCGGAAAUGGCCCGGAACUGGACGACUCCAUGGACGAGGAUGAGCCGAAGCACAAGCAAAAGAGCAAAAAAGAUAAGAAAAACCUGAAGAAGGCGAACGAUGAAGAUAAGAAGAAGAAAAAGAAGCAGAAGAAACAGAAGGACGCAGUGGAAGAAGAAUACCCGCUGGAAAAGAGCGCCGACGGAGAGCAAGUGGAUAUAUUGAAGGAUUUGACCUUGGACGAUUGGGAGUGAUUUGCGAGUUGAACGGAAUGUAUGUUAUUUUUGUCUAAAUAAAUGAUUUAAAAACAA